AGUACAUCAACUAGAGCUUUUUCCUCACUACAUAUCACGGCUCAUUAUUUAAGACAUGGCGAAAACAAAGCCUCAGGACCGUGCCUCGAAAUCGAAAAAGGGCGGCGCAAAUAGUGCCUCCGCGAACGGGAAACCGAAGAAACCCAAGGCCUCCGCCGAGUCCCUCCUCAUACAAGCCGCCACUUUCCUACAGACGUCACAACCCGAAGAGGCACUCGUACAUGCGAAGCGUGCGUUGGGACUGCUGCAGCCGACUUCCGAACCAACGUUGUCUGCGCUGCCAGCCUUGAACUUGAUUGGAGAGAUAUAUGUCGAACUAGGCGAUCCCGAGUCUGCACGAGAAGCAUUCAGUGCGGCAAUCGCGCUAGAUGGGGAUGGCAUCAACGAUGGCGCGGAGAAGUUCCUUUGGCUUGCGCAGCUGAACGAGGAGGGCGGUGCUGAGAGUGUGCGGUGGUUCGAGAAGGGCAUUGAGGUUUUGAAAAGGGAGACUGGAGAGUUGGAGAAUAAGCCCAAGAGGCCAGAGGUGGAGGAAGAAAUUUACGAGAAGAAGCAAAAGAUUGCAAAAGCUCUCUGUGGCAUAGCGGAAGUAUAUAUGACAGACCUGUCAUGGGAAGAGGAUGCGGAGGCGCGGUGUGAAGCGGCUGUCACAGAAGCUUUGCUGGUUGCGCCCAACAGCCCAGAGCCAUUGCAGACAUUGGCGUCGAUACGGUUAUCGCAGGAGAGGGUGGAGGAUGCCAGGGCAGCCCUGAGUAGAAGUAUGAGCUUAUGGAAGGAUCUUGAUGUCGACGAUCCCACGGUCCCCGACUUCCCCACGCGCAUUAGCUUGUCACGCCUUCUGAUGGAAGCCAAAAUGGAGGACGAAGCGAUAGAGGUCUUGGAGAGGCUCAUUGGAGAGAAUGAUAGCAGUGUCGAGGCAUGGUAUCUGGGCGGCUGGUGUCUGUUCCUGCUCGCAGAGAAGCAAAAGGAGGCAGGGAAAACAGAAACUGUGCGGCCGUUACUCCGGGCGAGUCGAGACUGGUUGGAAAACUGCUUAAAGACGUAUGCUAUGAUGGAGUACGAGGACGAGCGACUUAAAGAGCACUGCGAAGAACUACUAAAAGAUCUCAACGGUACUCUGGGGCCGUCAGCAGGUGAAGAGGAGGAAGAAUGGGAGGAUACGGAGGGUGAGCAAGAGGAGGAUGGCGAUGAGGAUAGUGACGCGGAGAUGGAGGGUACAUGAGAGAUGGUAUAGCCGCUUUCGUGUUGUUAUCGUUGGCAACCAUCUAGGUUCAAGACUCCCAUCCUGCGGCCUCUGGAUGCCUCCUUGGCUUGCCAUCCGUCGUCGGGCAUUGGUGCCCUGGUCAUUCGACGGCAGGAAGCACAGGGAGUUGAAGCCGCGUGCCCGUCGAAGGGGAAGUCCGACGUCCUGUCUCUGCGUUGGGCACUUUGAGAAGUUGGAUAAUCUACUCCAGACGCUCUGGAAAGCGUGUACCUGCUCUGCCACGGCAAUAUCGAACAUAGAAUCAAUCCAAGCGGGAGUCCAGAGAAAUGA